AUUGAGAGACUCAGAGCUUGCCAGACAACUUGUUUUCAUGGUUAGUCACAGUAAUCUUAAGCUUGAACUUUUAACACCUUGAUGGGAAAGGUGUCUCAUGGAAUGUUUUCUCAUCCUUUGAACACUCUUUAUUUCAGAAGCUUUGCUUCUGCCGCAACCAAAUAUGUCACUCAAGGUUCUGAGUAAGAAAGAGAAAGAAAGAGUAAUUCGCAGACUGUUAAUACAAGUUCCUCCAGGAGAAUUUUCAAAUGCCUUUGAUGAUCUCUGUCUGCUUGUCCGUGAUGAAAAACUCAUGAACCAUCAAGGUGAGUGUGCAGGCCACCGGCACUGCCAAAAAUAUUCUGUACCACUCUUCAUCGAUGGAAAUCCAGUCCUCUUGUCUCACCACAAUGUAGUGGGUGACUACCGAUUUUUUGACCAUCAAAGCAAACUUUCUUUCAGAUUCAACCUGCUUCAAAACCAGUUAAAAGAUAUCCAAAGUCACGGUAUCAUUCGGAAUGAGGCGGAAUACCUGAGAACUGUUGUUCUGUGUGCCUUAAAAGUGUAUGUGAAUGAUCACUAUCCAAAAGGAAAUUGCAAUGUGAUGAGAAAAACUAUAAAAAAUAAGGAGUUCUUAAUAGCUUGCAUUGAGAGUCACAACUAUGACACAGAUUGCUGGAAUGGCCUUUGGCAAUCUAAAUGGAUUUUCCAAGUACAUCCAUUUCUAACCCAAGUAACGGGAAGAAUUUUUGUGCAAGCUCACUUCUUUGAAUGUGUCAACUUUCAUGUUGUGAUCUCCAAGGACCUGAAAGAAAGCUUGGAAAUAGUCAACCAAGCUCAGCUGGCUCUAAGUUUUUCGAGGCUUGUGGAGGAGCAAGAGAAUAAAUUUCAAGCUGCAGUAUUUGAGGAAUUACAGGAGUUAUCGAACGAUGUCCUCAGAAAAAUCAUACGAAGAGAUCUUCCAGUGACCCGCACUCUUAUUGACUGGCAGAGGAUACUCUCUGACUUGAGUCUGGUGAUGUAUCCUGAAUUAGGAUAUGUCAUCUACUCAAAAAGCGUGUUAUGCAACUGCAUAAUAUAAACGAUUGCUCCCGGUAA